AUGAAAUUCCUCACUCGUGGAGCCUCUCUUUUCACCAGCGCCGUACGUAUGGCCUCCGAAAAAGCUCGGACCAAGGUUUUCCGUUCAUUUCUCAGUUCGACUUGUCUUAUCAUAUUUUUCAGGUGUUUUUCGAUGUAAACAUCGCAGACGAGCCGGCCGGAAGAAUCACCAUUGAAGUCGGUUAUAUAAUACAUGUUUUCAUACGUCUUUGAAGUAUUGGAAUAUAACGAAUUUUUUUUCAAGCUUAUGUCAACUUAUUGAGGCUAAUCAUUGACUUGUGUCAUUUGUUAUCUUCUCAGCUUUUCAACGACGUUGUUCCGAAGACGGCAGAGAACUUCCGAGCUCUUUGCACAGGCGAGAAAGGUGUUGGACAAAGCGGCGUCCCUUUGCAUUUCAAAGGCUCGCGGUUCCACCGCAUCAUUCCGGAGUUCAUGAUCCAGGUUUCCUUUCUUCAUGAAUUCGAAAAAAACUUUUGAAAAAAAUCGAAAAUUCAGGGAGGCGACUUCACCCGUCAUAAUGGCACUGGUGGCGAAUCAAUUUACGGUCACAAAUUCGAGGUUUUCCUUCUUUUUUCACUUAUCACAAAGUUUUUACAGGAUGAGAACUUCAAACUGACUCACACGGGACCCGGAGUUGUCUCCAUGGCCAACGCCGGUCCUGGAACCAACGGAUCUCAGUUUUUCAUUUGCACCGUCAAGACCGAUUGGUAAUAAAUAACGGAUGGUUGAGGUACAGUGGGAAUUCCUUCAGGCUCGACGGAGGACACGUCGUUUUCGGACAGGUUACUGAUGGCAUGUCUUUGGUGAAGAAAAUCGAGAAAGUCGGCUCCAGAAGCGGCGCUCCAAGCAAGACGGUCACGAUUGCGGAUUGUGGAGAACUCAAGGAAUAG